CGUUAUUGACAUACCGGUACCCAAGCCGGGAGCCUGGAAGGAGCGCAGUUCGAUAGUUUUGCGGUAACGGGCGCCAUGCGAGCGCUCGGUUUCGCGCCAAAUAGUGCAUGCGCACAGGCGCGGCCCAUGCGCCUUCACAUAGACGCCGCGCAACUUAAGUCAUCAUGCGGUGGACGAUCUGCGCUCUUUGUCGGACAGAGGAGCAACACCCGCACGUCAGCGAAUGCCGCGCCUGGCCACAUCACCAUGUGCAUGUCGGGGUCGCGCGCUGCUGGCCCGUCGCCGCUUGGCUCGCUCGCGGGCGGGCUCGUGAACCCGGUGAGGGUGAAUCCCAACACCACCGGUGGCAGCGCCGCCUCGCUUACCGCGGGAGGCAAGAUCGCCCCCUGGGGCUGGCGCAUGGCGUGUGCCACCCCGCCGCGUGCGGUGGUGGUUGCAGCUGCGGCGGCGGGCGGAGGGCCUGGCGGCAGCGGGGGCAGCUCUGCCAGGAAGAGCGGCAGUCAGCGAGCACAGCCCUCGCCUGCGCAGAUCGAUGCCCACGCGGAAAAAUUGCAGCAGGCUCUAGAGGCCGUGCUUGUACAGUCGGGCAUGCCCCCUCGUGAGCCCAUCGUGUUUAACACGAGUGUGCGGAAGCACACCUACGGGUUGCGGACCCAGACCGCCGCCCGCAGGCUGCAGGCGCUGCUUGACGCCUUCGAGACACCCGCCGAGUGCACCCUGAUUGUGAAAGCCGUUCUAAAGAGGCCAUACAAGCUGCUGCUCUCGAAGCCAGACACGGUGAGGCGCAAGGUGGAGGCACUGGCAGGCCUGCUGCAGCCGUUGCAGGAGGCAAGAGAGGGAGCAGCAGCGGCGGGCGGCGGCGGUGGCGGGCCGAGUGCACGGUUGCUGGCGUUAAAGCUGGCGGCGGCACAGCCAGACGUGCUGGCGGCACGGACGUCAAAGCUGGCGACGAAUCUGAAGACGCUUCAGGUGCUGAUCGAAAGGGACCCAGUGUACGUGCUGCGCAUGGUGCUCCUGGGGGGCCGGCUGCUGUUCUGCUCUGAGAAGUUGCUGUCGGAGAAGGCGCAGCUGCUUAAAGCUGCGGCGGCAAACAACGGCAGGUGGGAUGCGGAGCUGCGGGACGCGAAGCCCUAUCGCAUGGCUGCGCUGCUGGCGCACGGGCAGGACCGCCUGCGCCGCCUGCACUCCAUCACCCAGCGCGGGCAGCGGCGCCAGCGCCCAAUGUUCGUCCUCGUCCAGGCCCCGGAGGCCAAGUUCAAACAGCUGUACCCGGGUGACACCAACGCCUAGCUCCAACAGCCGCAGGACGGGGCAGCUGCUGCCAGCUGCUGCCAGCUGCGUCUGGAUGGUGGCGGCGGCAAGCGGCCGCGGCUGCUAGCUAGCGGCGGGACGUGUUGCGUGCAGCACUUCUAGCGGCAGCCCUGGUGGCGGCAGCAGCGGUGCGUGGCGGCUGGUGACGUUGAACACGACAAACUGCUGGCGCCUGGCAGCGGCGGCGGUGGUGGUGAAGGCGUGUUUAUAGGCCGUGAAGGGCAGCGGCAGCCAACCCCAUCUGCGGCCGCGGCGUGCUGUCUUAUGAGGUGCAGUUGCUGGUGGGUGCUUGGGUGGGGGUCGGUGGAGUUGCAUUUAUUGCAGGUGGUUUGUGGCGGUUCAGCAGUGCGUAAGGGCGCGCGUACGUAAUCGACUUGACUUCAGUGCAUAGUGCGGCGGCGGCGGCGGCGGCGGCUACCUCCGCUGGGGACGUGCGCGGGGCCGGUAGGAGUGAAGGCCCCGUGUAUCGAGUCUGUGCAGUAGAAGCGGGGCUGAUGCUUUUUGCUUGACGCUUGACAUGAUCACGCACGUGAUAUGUGUAGUGUGGCUUGUUGUGGCGUGUGUUGUCAGGAGGCCAGUUAGGCGGGCCCAAGUCGGGCCCCGGGCCCCACGCCCUGCGUAUCUACUUCCGUACGUACACGUACGGCCGCACAGGCAUUGCCGCGCAUGCGUGUGGGGAGAGGCUAUCUAGGUAGCUAGGGGAGGGAGCGGCGGGGCUGUGCGUGUGCCGGCCAGGGAACUGAGGGAAGGGGGCCUGCCCAGUGGGGCCUGCCCUGGAUGAAGCAGGUAGGGGAGAGUAUCACAAGACACAAGUAGCCCCCUGCCACAGGUCAGGACAGGAGGCAUAAGUGCCUGCGGUUCCAUCCGCAAGGCAACAGAUUACGGGAAGCCAACGUCAAGGCCUCGAGGGCACAGGUGCCGUGUUGGUGUGUAGGCGGCACGUCUUAGUAGAAUAGCCUGGGUGUUGCAAGGCUAGGGGUGCGGCGGCGAGGUGGAGGGAGGGCCGCAGGGGCCAUGAUGGGGCGGGGUCCGUUGGCCGUUGCGUGCGAUGUAACGGACCUCAGUUGGGGUUCAGUUGCGUCCCCAGCUAGCGACAUAUGCUUGCGUCUGUCACUGUAAUUGACUGAUCAU